UGUUAGGUUUGAUAUAAUUCGAAGGAUAAUGACUAGGUUUUUUGGAAUUGAAGUUAUCAUGGUGAUGGGGAUCACAGACAUAGAUGACAAGAUAAUAAAAAGAGCCAACGAGAUGAAUAUAUCGCCGGUAGCUCUUGCUCGUAUUUAUGAAGAAGACUUUAAACAAGAUAUGGCUGCCUUAAAGGUCCUUCCUCCUACAGUAUAUAUGAGAGUGACUGACAAUAUUCCUCAGAUAAUUUCUUUUAUAAAAACAAUAAUUGCUAGUGGACAAGCUUACGCAACCUCGCAAGGCAAUGUUUAUUUUGAUGUUAAGUCUUGGGGAAAAAGAUACGGAGUAUUAACUACUAUUUAUCCUGAUACUCAAGAUGAAGCAGCUGAUACUGAUAAACGACAUGGUAAAGAUUUUGCCCUGUGGAAGGCUGCCAAACCUCAAGAGCCAUCUUGGACUUCUCCCUGGGGAAAAGGAAGACCUGGAUGGCACAUUGAGUGUUCCACAAUAUCAAGUGCAGUGUUUGGAAAGCAGCUGGACAUCCAUACUGGUGGAAUAGAUCUUGCAUUUCCUCAUCAUGAAAAUGAAAUCGCACAGUGUGAGGCGUAUCAUCAGUGCGAGCAAUGGGGGAAUUACUUUUUGCAUUCUGGGCACUUGCAUGUUAAAGGAAGUCAAGAAAAAAUGUCCAAGUCAUUAAAAAACUACAUAACAAUUAAGGAUUUCCUGAAGAAAUUUUCGUCGGAUCAAUUCAGGAUGUUUUGUUUGCGCAGCAGAUACAGCUCAGCAGUAGAGUUUAGUGACGAGAGCAUGGAUGAUGCAAAGCACCUUCUUCAGGCAAUCUCCUCAUUUAUUAGAGAUGCAAAUGCUUAUAUAAAAGGACAGCUGGUAUGUGACCCUGUUAGAGAAGACAUACUGUGGGAAAGGCUAGCCAACACAAAAGUAACCGUGAAGGCUGCGUUUGCAGAUGACUUUGACACCUCCAGGGCUGUUGCAGCAAUUAUGGACCUCAUUCACCAUGGCAACAGACAGCUUAAGGCUGUUACUAAGGAUGCUGGAUCUCCUAGAAGCUCUGUUGUGUAUGGAAGCAUUAUUUCCUAUAUAGAAGGCUUUUUUAAUGCCCUUGGGAUGUCCUUUGGAGAAAGACAGGUGGCUCUGGGAGGAGGCGACUCGGCUGUGCUCUCUAAUGUCAUUGACGAGCUUGUAAGGUUCCGCUCGAAGGUUCGUCAUUACGCGCUUGCUCUGCCGGAAGAAGCCGCAGAAGCUGUGCCAAUGGAGGGUGCCGUGGGAGCCCAAGGACCGAAACAAGAACAGAAGGAAAAGAGGCAGCAGUUAAUGCAGGAGAGAAAACCCCUCCUGGAGGCUUGUGACAGUCUGCGUGGAGACCUUGCUGCCUUUGGAAUCCACAUAAAGGACAGAGCUGCUGUUUCAACCUGGGAAAUCGUGGAAGGAGGGCAAGCAGAGCAGCAGACUGAGAAAAAGAGCUGAUCCUUCAUCCUUGGACUUUUUUUUUU